UCAGUCAGUUGUGUCAACAUCGGCAUUGGUCACAGAAAGGGAGAGUGAAUAAAGGAAUAAUGAUGUCAGUAAUGUGGCUUACAGUGUUAGUUAUAGCAGUUGUGUUAGCUGUAUUACUUUACAAAUAUAUAUUUGGCAACGCAGGGUCUGACCCAUUUGCACUUGAUACCCGUCAACCUCCCAAACCUUUGGUGACAAUUAAUGCUGAAAGAAAUAAGGUUCUCAAGCAAGGUUUUACGACAAACAAGGUCCCGGAGCAUCUUGAUGCGAUUGUGAUUGGAAGCGGUAUUGGAGGACUCGGGGUGGCGUCUAUCUUGGCUAAAACUGGAAAACGAGUGCUGGUUCUGGAGCAGCAUGACCAAGCAGGAGGCUGCUGCCACACCUUCACUAAAAAGGGAUUUGAGUUUGAUGUUGGAAUACAUUACAUCGGAGAGCUACAGGAAUAUAAGCCAUUUCGUCAUCUGGUAGAUCAGAUCACUGAUGGUCAACUGCAGUGGGCCAGCUUGGACAACCCAUACGACAUGGUGGUUCUGGGUAGCCCAGAGAACAGGCGGGAAUAUCCCAUUUACAGCGGAAGGAAGCGGUUUACAGAGGAGCUAAAGAAACAUUUUCCGGAAGAGAAAGAAGCCAUUGACAAAUUUGUGGCCCUUGUUAAGAAAGUUGCCAAAGGAGUUUCAUUCGUGGCUGUACUGAAAAUGAUUCCCAUGCCGCUGGCAAAGUUCCUGAUCUGCUCAGGACUCCUCAGAUUGUUCAGUCCGUUUUAUAAGAUGGCCUCCAGGAGCCUCACCGACGUGGUGAGCGAGCUAACAUCGAAUAAAGAACUCCAAGCAGUCUUCAGUUACAUCUUUCGUACCUAUGGAGUAAUCCCAAAAGAUGCUAGUUUUUCUUUGCAUUCCUUGCUGGUUAGCCAUUACCUAGAAGGUGCAUGGUACCCUAAAGGAGGUGCCAGUGAGAUUGCCUAUCAUAUCAUCCCCACUAUAGAGAAAGCAGGGGGAGCAGUGCUUGUCCGAGCUCCGGUACAGAGCAUCCUGGUAAAUGAAGCCAAAGAAGCUUAUGGUGUAACUGUAAGGAAAGGCCAAGAGGAAGUACACAUCCAUGCUCCUAUCGUGAUCUCCGACGCAGGACUGUUUAACACCUAUGAGAGCCUUUUACCAAAAGAAAUGCAAAGUUUACCAGCUAUUCAGUCCCAGCUCAGCAUGGUGAAACAUGGAGAAGCAGGAUUUAGUGUAUUUAUUGGGCUAAAUGGCACAAAGGAAGAACUGGGAUUGACCGCGACUAAUUACUGGAUUUAUCCAGAAAAUAACCUUGACGAACUGGUGGAAAACUAUUUGAAUUCCUCAAAGGAAGAUGCUGUCAAAUUAGCUCCAGUGGUUUAUAUUGCAUCCCCUUCUGCCAAAGACCCUACAUGUGAAGAAAGAAACCCAGGCAAGUCUACGCUCUCUCUUAUAACAUUCACCCGCUAUGAGUGGUUUGAAGACUGGAAGGAUGAGCGGGUCAGCAACAGAGGAGAGGAGUAUAAAAACCUUAAAGAAUCUUUUGUCAAAAACCUAGUUGAUGCAGCUAUUGAAAUAUUUCCACGGAUUAAAGGCAAGAUUGAGCUGGUAGAAGCUGGGACGCCUGUUACCAAUCAGUACUACAUAGCAGCUUCCCGAGGUGAAAUCUAUGGUUGUGAUCAUAACAGAUCCCGGUUCAAUCCAGAGACCAGUGCUGCCAUCCGAUCCCAGACCCCAGUAAAGAAUCUCUUCUUGACAGGGCAGGAUGUUUUCCUGUGUGGAUUUGCAGGGGCCCUUGCAGGUGCUCUGACCUGUGGCUCUGCCGUUCUGGGACGCAACUUGCACUUGGACCUGUUGCGUCUGAAGAUACGACUGAAGACUACAAAUUCCAAGAAAAACAGUUAAAAGGAACUCCCAUAAAAAAACAUACUCUUCUCUCUAUAUGCCUUAUUGCUAAUGAUAUUCAUUUCACACCCCUUUACACACUUCUUUUGCACUAUAGUCCGAUUGUCUAUUCAGAGAUAUCAAGAUGUUUUGUAAUCAACAAGGCUAAAUAAGGUGAAAUGGUUUUAAAAGCACUUUAUAUAAUAAAGCUUUUUUUUUUUAAUGAUGAUUUGUAAAAAUAGUCUAAUGCGUUAAGCCUCACCUGAUUUUCCUAACAAUCAUGUUUUAUAGUUAUUCAUCUAAAGGCAGCUUGCUAGAUUCACAAAGCUAUAUAAACUGCUAUUAAUGUACAUUAGAAACAAGUUUGUUACUAGACAAGCCACUGAAAUAAAGGUCUGGGUUGUU